GAGAGCUAGUAUUUUUAGUAACAGUUAUAUGAGAAGACAUGAAAUAAAAAGUGGUAAAAGAACUGUGCACAGACUAUUUUUAUUUAAUUAUAAAACAGCCUGGAUAUUUAUGAGUGUAUUUUUAUGCAUUGCACGGGCAGAACUAACUUGGAACGCUGUGAACAACAUAGAGAAUAUGAACAUUGACAAUCCAAAGUUGGGAAAGUUAGUAAUUAAUCCGUAUAGCUCUAUAGGCCCAACAAAGCAGCACUUACAGGACUUACUAGAAUAUAUGUUUAGGCUGCGGAUGCUUUCUAUGCGGGUUAAGACGAAAUUUAGUGUUUCCGCCAAACAAGUUGAUAAAACUGCUAUUUUUGAAUAUAAAGAUCGAAAAUACGACGAGGAUAUUGCAAAUCAAAAUGUAAGGGAAUGCUCAGAUUAUACACAGAAAGAAGAGAAUCUUUGGGAUAAAGCGUAUUUACUAAAAUUCUAUAAGGUGCUUCUUAAGAUGUUUCAUUCUAUGGAUGGUGUAUUAUCGAUAAAAACAGAAAAAUCUGAUUCAUUCUAUAAUUUUAUAACUAAAAAGCUUAGUAAGGAAGAUGCCCAUACACUACUUGCAUCUUUAUUACUGCUUUCAGAGGGAGUAAAUACUUUAGAGUCUAUUGAAAAGUUUAAAAAAAUACUAGAGAAGCCGAGCAAAGGGCCAAUUGCUUCAGGACCAAAGAACAGCACCCAAGAUACUACUACAGGCACCAGCAAACAAAAUUAUGAAGGUGAAAAUAUGCCAAGAGGUGCUUCUACUGCUAUUAAUGCAGAAGAAGAUGAAUCAAACAAUAUCACUGCCAUUGAUGAAGAUUUUGGGAAAAAAGAGCCGCUUAUUGUGCUCGACUUUUUUAUUUAUGCUCAGGAUCUUUCGCACUUUGCGUUGGUUGACAUUAAAAAGAUGACCAUUGGCGAGAAAUACAACACUGGGAUGUUUUUAGAAACGCCAAGCUUCCUUAUUCAGUCAUAUAUAUACAAAUACAUAUGCAAAGUAGAGGAUAUGGAAUAUUUCAUUCAGAUAUUGCAUGAUCUUCUUUGGGAGCGAAGUUCACAUAAGAAAGACACUACUCCAACCAAAGACCAGGUAGAUGCAUUGUCUAUUUUUAACAGUUAUUUUGUUAGCUUGGAGUCCCCUGAAUACAGUGAAAUAGCAAAAGUGAAAGAAGCAUUUACUUCUAUACAAAAUAAUUUGGAUUUAGAAAAAGAAAAAAAGGAGACUGUAAAGCAAAAUGAUACAUCCAGUAAAUCCAUAGAUACAAAUGAUGAAGCAAAUAACCAAAAUAAAGAAGCCGAGAAGCAAAAUGGGGAACCAAAAGAACCCUCAGCAGAAACACUAAGAAACUUGAUUAAAUUCAAGAACAUUAAUCAAAGUAUUGAAUGUUUAGACAAAAACUCAUAUUUAUUCCAUAUGUUCAAAGGAUACGAAAAAUUUCUAUUGUUUUCUUUUAGCGAUAUUGAAAUGGAGAUGGAAUUGUAUAAAAAAAAGACGUCUAUAGAUAACCCGGAAAAUAGCAUAGAGCUAACAAGGAUUAUUUUAGAUCCCCGCCUUAAGUCUUAUAGAUAUUUAAUGAAUGUAUUUGUAUUUCUACUGGUGCAUUCUCUUGAAUUAAAUCUACGAAAAGAGAGUGGGGUUGUUUGGAUGAUGAAGAACAUACUGGGUAGUAUGCAUUUGCACCCAGAAAAGCUAAAUAUUGACUUUUUCUGCAUUUUAGUUAUUAUUGAGAAAAAAUUGGAAUACUUCAAGGGGAUCAUUGAAUUUGAAAACAAUAUGUGCAUUGAAUAUUAUAUAAAACCAUCAGUUAUACACUGGCUUAUUUUGUAUUUUAUACAGAGAAAUGCAACAUGUCCUUUAACUAGCAUUCUUUCAACAAUUUUAACUAUAAAAAAAGAUAAAAGUGCAGUAUAUACGCUAGAUGACAUAUUAACGACAGACAGCUGGAACUUAAAUUAUGCAAUUCUUGAUCAGCUAACCAAGAGUGACGAUAAAUUUGAGUAUAUUGAUCGAAUUAUAAGAUAUAUGAGGCUAACAAAUACUUUUGCUUAUAGAGGGCAUGCAACUUUUUCGGAUAUAAAUAACAUGAAUCUUGUUAUAAUCAUGCUGGCCUGCAAUCAUGAUGAAAAAAAAUUUGGUUCAAUUAUAAAAAAAUGCUAUAAGGAAAUAUUUGUUCAGAAAGGUAUAAAGUUUAAUCUGGUUAAAUGGAAUAAACAUGGAUAUUCAUGUAAACCGGCGAUUGAUUAUCUAAAGAGAAAUGAAAAAGAUAUUUUCAAUCAAAAAGAAGACCCAAAGGAUUGUAAUAAGCACGAGUGUAUUCUAGUUAUUUAUGGCGAGUCCCCAAAAAAUGACGAGGAUCGCAUCAAGUGGAAUGAACAAUGUGAAGACAGUGAAAAUUCUGAAAAUAGUAAAGACAGUGAAAAUUCUGAAAAUAGUGAACAGAGUGAAAAUUCUGAAAAUAGUGAACAGAGUGAAGACAGUAAAAAUUCUGAAAAUAGUAAAGAUAGUGAAAAUUCUGAAAAUAGUAAAAAUAGUGAACAAAGUGAAAAUUCUGAAGAGAACAAAGAAAUUAAAGAGAUUAGAAGUAAUCCAGAGCUCCUUAAAAAAGUGGUGUUUAACCAUUUUCAUGAUAUAGAGUAA